CGCAGGUACAUUCCCUCCAUUUGACGGAAGUGGGUGAGAGGCUGAAAGCUGUGGUUAGCUUUUUCAGCGUGAGAGAGCUGUUUGUGUUUUGAAGGCAUUCGUCGUCAAAGGAGGUUUCCACUUCCUAGAUUUCAAUCGACAUCAAGCUGAAAUUACUCUGGAUUCUAGCUAGCUACUGUCUUCUACUUGAUAAACAACGUCCCUGCCUCGAACUGUCAACACCUUCAUCGAGCACCAACUAGCUACAUCUCUCCUGGGUGCAGUCUGGCCAAGAAAAUAAUGUCCUACAGUUGAAGAUGGGAGGUAGUGGCUCCAAAACCAAAGGUUAUUGGCCUUUUGCUGGUUCAGGCAGUGUUGAUGGUGAUCCAACCAAAGAGGGAGUCGACGAACAGUCGCUGGCGAGGCUCCGAAGUUUCCGAUGUGCGACGCCCUUCGUGUUUACCAGACGAAGCUCCCUGUACUUUGAUGAGGAUGGAGACCUGGCCCACGAGUUCUAUGAGGAGACGGUUGUGACGAAGAACGGCCGCAAGAGGGCCAAACUGAAGAAGAUCCAGAAAAACCUCAUACCGCAGGGAACCAUAACCCUGGAGCACCCCAGCAUCCAUGUGGAUUUCCCUGUCGUUCUCUGUGAGGUUUGAUGAAGCCUGGAGCCACGUUUUGAGACCAGACUCAGACUAGCCAAUGUGUCAACUCCGUCCCCCUGUUUCCCUCUCCACCUAUACUUUACCCUGAAGCCCUCCACCUACCCUCUAAACCACCGUGGUCUCCCUGUGAUGAUGUUUGGCCGGAGCCCUGACCUGUGAUGAUAGACAGGCUGUCUAAACACAUGAUUGUGUUGAGCCCCUGCAUGUGGACUCUGUAAAAUGUGGCCUGUGUGCAGUCACGUUACACAAAGUAGUAAGUGGCCACUUACGGAGACCGUCGAUGAUCUGUGAAACACGUCAGUUAAGAUGGCUGAAGACAUAAUUAUGCUCCCGUUACCCUCAACCUAUUCAAUAUAUACAGUAUGUGUGUUAGUGGAUAUGGAAUGAAGUGUGACAACAGCUUGUCUGCCUGUCUCACAGCAGCAGUGUGUUCUGGUAGGAGGAUCCAUUGUACUUUGUAAGGAGAAUGUAUUGGGACAAUUUGAGUUGAACCAUGGGCUGUUAAGUAGAAUAGUGUCUCUCAGAAUAGGCCGGCAAUCCUAUAUCUUUAAACCCCGCCCUAGAGUUAAUUUACCAUCUGUACGUAUUAAGGGGUGAUAUUUUCCGAUACCUGUUCAGUCUUCAGAGCUUCCAGAGUAAUGAUAGGGCUUCAACUGUUAGGGCCAUAUCCUGAGGUCAGAGAUAUAGGAAUAUUUAAUGCACAUUUUAUGUUUACAAGUAAAAAGAAAAACGCCAUGGCUUGAUAUAAUUUCCACCAUGCAUGAUGAUGGCUCUGCUUCUGUCAUUUCCCUAUGAUGGAGCUAGACAAUUGGUGGCCAAUGUGAUCUAAGCUGAUCUUAAUGUGAUGUGUUGUGAUGUUUGACUGGCCGUGGUGAUCAUGGUGUCAAGACCAGGGCUUGUAGUUAUGAAACGUCUGAGUAUGCGCUGAUCUAGAAUCAGUUUUAACCUUUGAGCUCAUCAUAGUGAAUCACAUUAACAUUAAAGGGACUGGGGGGGGUCUGAUCCUAGAUCGGCAAUCCUACUGAAUUGCUUUUUUUUUUAGUACAGGCCCAGGCCUCAGACACAUGUACAGAGAAGCAAGAACUUUAGUCCCCCUGGGAAAGUCCUCUGUUCCUUCACUGCUUUAGCGCGAUACAUUUCACUGUUAAUUUAUUAUAACUGUUACAAUGGCAUUGUUUUUAAUUACAACUCAAAAUGUA